GAGCAAGUGGUCUAAAUCAGGUUUAAGAAGUCUCAUGCCGUCCGUAGUCAAUGGCCUGUAGAAAACGCUGCAGGCGGGCUUCGUACCGGGGAUCACUCGGUGACUGAAGGUUACUAUAGCUUAGCUUGCCCAUUUCCCAAAAAGCUUGUCCGUUUCGCCGGGGAAAGGAGUACCUUUACAAGCUUGAUGAUCUUUUAUCCGUUACUUCAUACAGUACUCAAUUGCGACUUGACGUUUUGCUCCGACCUCGCCCAAUCAAAGUCCACUCACUUCAAACAGCUCCCCAUUCAUAUAGCUCCCUCCACACGCAUCUUCCCAAGCUUUCCAUCUUCUCAUAGCUUCUCCUUACUCUCGUGAUACCCUCCCUCCAAGACAUAACCUCACACACUCUCACAACCUCCGUCUACCUGUCUCCUCCCCUCUCUUCUUAUUACACACACACACACACAACUGCCCCCAAGAUGGCCUCCUCCUUCUUCUCCCUCGAGGGCCAAACAGCCCUCGUAACAGGCGGCACCCGCGGCAUCGGCGCCGCCGUAGCCGUAGGCCUCGCCGAGGCCGGCGCAGACAUCCUCCUCGUCCAGCGCGACGAGUCCUCCCAGUCCACGAAGCAGGCCAUCGAGAAGCUCGGCCGCAAGGCCACAAUCUACACGGCCGACCUCAGCUCGCAGGAGAGCGUCGCCGCGCUGGUGCCCAAGGUCCUCAAGGACGGCCACGAGAUUCGCAUUCUCGUCAACUGCGCGGGUAUUCAAAAGAGGCAUCCGUGUGAAAAGUUCCCCGAUGAGGACUUUAACGCCGUCAUGCAAGUCAACCUCACCUCCGUCUUCACAAUCACCCGCGACGUAGGAGCCCACAUGCUCAACCUCGCCCCGCACCCCACAACCGGCCGCAAAGGCUCCGUCAUCAACUACGCCUCCCUCCUCACCUUCCAGGGCGGCUUCACCGUGCCCGCCUACGCCGCCUCAAAGGGCGCCGUCGGCCAGCUGACAAAGUCCUUCGCCAACGAGUGGACCUCCAAGGGCAUCACCGUCAACGCCAUCGCGCCGGGGUACAUUGAGACGGAGAUGAACACGGCGCUGUUGAACGAUAAGGAGCGCCUCGCGAGCAUCAGCGCCAGAAUCCCCGCGGGACGGUGGGGUACGCCCGAGGAUUUCAAGGGCACGUCGGUGUACCUCGCGAGUCGGGCGAGUGGGUAUGUGAGUGGGCAUGUUUUGGUUGUUGAUGGUGGCUGGAUGGGUCGGUAAAGAGAGGGUGUUGGGAAACGAAACGAUCUGGGCGAGAAGUGCUUCACCGGCAG